UCGAACGCAGCAUCGUUCGCGCGUCGAGGCCGUCGAGUUCCGCGAUUGCGGCGGCUGAUCACCGCGGAUGAUCUUCGCGCGACACGCGAUGACGGCUUCCCGGAGGCUCGGGCCCUCCUCGCGCUGCCGUGUGCAGGUGUGCACGUGCACGCGCGCCUGCGUAUCGGCCGCGAACACCGCGCCAACGACGUGAUCGCCUCGUGAAGAUAGUCAUUUCGCCCGUGAUUACUCCAGUGAGAACCCGAUCGUCGUCCAGGAUACGGCGUAACACGGACCGCCGGGGUUGUUAAUGCCGAGGAGCGCGAACCCAGGUGUCUUGCUUGCGUGUGCUCGGAGGUCUCUUUGAGGAGAAACUCGUCCCGGAUUGUAUCAGAAGGCUCACAGAGUCGAGAGAAAAGGCGCGACCCUUGGAUGUCUGAACGCAUUAAGUGAAAAGUUCGAAGAAAAGCAAAAGGACUCGGGGAUUCCGCGAAGGACCAGAUCGUGUCGCGAAUGUUACGACGGAUUGUGUCCUGCCGUGAAACUCUUCGCCCUGAGGAACACCGAGUACAAGGACGAGGACAUUGAGCGGCGGUUCGAAAACGUCCGAUCUUGAAGAACAUGCCAAGGGGCGCAGCAGUGAAUCGUACGAAUCGAGGCUCGUGGUUCGCAUUGAGCAGGUGAUUCGCUAACGAUGUCACCCUGAGGACCACUUGGGAGACGAAAAUGUGCUGCUCAGGUGGCCCAGGUGGAAUCAGGCUGACCAGGUGCGGCGUCGUAUGCGGGCUCGCUGCGUUGGCGGCCCUCAGCACCGCCCUUCUGGGCCCCACCUGGCUCCACACCGAGGAGAAGCUCGCCCUGCCGAAUAUGCCUAGGAAUUUCGCCAACUUGGUCAGCGUGAGGUUCAAGCUGGGACUGUUCAGAGUGUGUCCGAGGAUCGUGAAACCCACCAACUUCACAUUGCACAUCCCUACACCAGCUUGUAGUUACGUGAGGUACAGCAGCCUGGAGGACGUGAGGCCGCAGGAGCUGGGCUUUCGCCAAUUAGAAUUCACGCCCACGGUCGUCUCAAAAAUACGCAUCUCCGCGCCGUUCCAAGUGGUCGCCGCGAUCCUGAUCCUCGCAGCGACAGUGUCAGCAUUAAUCGGCCACUGUAAUUCGGAUCAUAGGACCCUCGUGGCCUGCGGACUCUUCCUCUUAAGCGGACUUUCCUUGGGCGGCGGCCUGAUAGUCUUGGCGUCGGCGUUGUCGGACGCAUCACUGGAGCUACCGGGGAAAUACAGUUUGCCGUCGCCGACCGGCAUGCAAAUGGACGAUAACGGUCUACCUCAGUAUCACUACGGCUGGUGUCUCCAGCUCUCGGGAUUAGCGCUGAUCCUUGCGGAAGUGGCGGCCGUUUUAACGAUGUCCGGCUACAUGGCGCGGUUCUCCACGGUUGAGGAGAUGGUGAGGGUCAUGGUCCCGGGUGCCGAGAGGAAGCUCAGGGAGCAGAGGGGUCUCAGCUCGGAAUAUCUCGUGAGGGCGCAUCAGAAAUCGCCGGGGCCGCCGCAGGCUCGACCCUUCGGUCAGCCAGCCAAAACGCCUCAAAAAUUAGCCGAAGAAGGAACUUCGUUGCUCUGCAAGUCGGCGCCCGACAUCUGCGCGUCGAACCCGCAGGCCAUCAGUUACGUCGAUAAGGCAGAUCUGUCGCACGUGUUGCCGGCCUACCCGGAAAACAAGAACGUCGACCCGCGGUACAGCUUCGCCGAUAAGUCGGAGGGUAGUAGCGUCAUAGAUUCCCGGCUUAGCGGCUUCACCGACAAGGAAGGCUUCAUCGAUUCCCGGAUCCUGUCGGACUCCAGGCAGAACAUGAUCGCCUUCUCGGACGGCAACAAAGAACACGGCCAGCAAGAGCAACGUUACUCCGACUUCUCCGCGAGGAACGCCGACCAGAGUGUCGUGGACUCCAGGCUGAGCGGUUUCGCCGACAAGGAGAGUCUACUCGACUCGAGACUGAGCGGUUACUCCGACAAGAACGAGUCCUUGCUGGACACCCCGUUCGGCUACGACACCCGUUUCAACAGCCUGGCCGGCCAGACCGUGCCGAUCACGCUGAAGAAUCAGAACACUUCGGUGUCGGCGAUCCAGUCGCAGUACAUAUACCAGAACUUCGGGACUAUACACUCCGGCAUCCUCAGGGUAUCGGAGCCGGGCACCAGUUCCAGCUCCAACUCCAGUCAGCGCAGCAUGACCCUGCAAAACCCGAAGCGCAAGUCGCAGAUCGCCCAGAACACCUUCAGCACGAUGGAGUGCGAGAAGAGGAAGCGAGCGUCCGGGAUAGCCGGCAAGGCGAGCUUCUACACGGGAAGUGCUGUAUGACCACCACCCCCGCCUCCGACUCCGAGGUAACUUGAAGAAGAGGAGACCCCGCUGUAACCAGAACUCAGUGCGACGACCUUCCACGCGGGUUGGAGGAUUUAUAUUACCGGGAUGAUUGCGCAUGAACUAACGAAGAAAGGAGGAGAUUUUCUACUAGCUGAACAGAGAGGGAGCUCUCUAUCAAGACACGCGGUAGCAUCUUGCGCCGAGUAUAUCCAUUUAGUGUUUUCUCACGAGAGACGCUACAGCGUCUAUCUUUUGCACGAACGAAAAUGCGUCUUUCCGGUCGUAUCUACACCGUAAUACUGCCAAUGUCGCAAGACUUUUCAUCAGACGAUGUGGAGACACGCGUACUGUCCAUUAAUCGCCCGUUUACCGGUGUACGAUACAUAAAGAGCGAGGAAUGCGCUCUUACCGACUGUCGGUGUUGUAGAUUCCUCUAAUGAAAAAUAACAGCGUAAAAGUAAUCACGGUUUUGCAUUGGCGAGGCGAUCGGACUGUCUGGAAGCGAUCGAUGCGGAAUUUUUCGCCAAUGUAAUUCGUAUAAGCAGCAGAACACAGGUGCAAGCGUGAUUUGCAAUAAUAUUGUCAAUAAAUACCGCGUACGACGCAUACUUUAACGAAUUAAACGGAAGACGAGGACGACGAGGAAUCUGAACUCUCCGAUCUCGUCAAUUUGGGUCUCGGAAGAGUAAUGUAAUGUCCGCCACUCGCUAUCUUACCUUUAACUCAUCACACGUAACCGCGUUUUAGCUGCAUAACCAAUCGAACGAACUUGUAAGGUGUAACAUUAAUAUAGUCAAUACGUUGUAAUAUAAUUGGUGGUUGAUAUAGCCAUUGAUAGUGAUUCUCGGGCGCAACUCUCUGUUAAUUUCAGUCAAUAACGAUGAAUCGCGGAAGUACAGACCGCUCGAUGGAAUCAGGUGGUUUUGAUCAGAGAUUUUCCCGAUACUUUUCGGCGACGCGUACGCGCUCUAAUUGCAUCACCGGUCGAGAACAUAUCACACAAAUAAAGGUGUUUCCGUUGACAACGCGUUCUGGAGGAGGAUAUUUCUUUUAUUUUCCACUCGAUUUCUCCGUUCCGUUUCUCGCGUCUCUUCCUCAUGCAGAACGACGAUUAGAAUGGAUGUUCGAUGCGCCCGUAUAAAUACGUACAUCAAUAUGUUGUAACGAUCGUAGCUGAGUGUAAUAAAAUGUUCCUUUUCUAACAA